GCGCGUAUGUUCGUACUCGUGCGCAACUUUAAUCUUCUCCUCUCAACAGUAUUACGUUUAUUCACAAAAAGAUCGGGUCGUUAUAGGGGCGUAAUUCGCUCGUACCCGGGCGGGGGACAAGUAUGGCCCACCGUGUUCUCCGACGGUAUCCCCGAGCGAUGAUCAAUCGUUUCCGCGCGGAGACGGCGCAGACGUUCGAGUACCUCCUGGUGAUGGACUUCGAGGCCACGUGCGAGAAGUACCAGGCGAUCCAGCCGCAGGAGAUCAUCGAGCUGCCGUGCGCGGUGCUGUCCACCCGCGACUGGAGGCUGAGGGACACGUUUCACGCAUACGUGAAGCCGCGAGUCCGUUCCACCCUCACGCCGUUUUGCACCGAGUUGACGGGGAUCAUGCAGGAGACGGUGGACGAUCAGCCGCACUUCGCCGACGUGUUCCCGAGGUUCUGCGACUGGUUGACUGACCGCGGGUACUUCGACAAGCCGGAGAAGAGCUCGUUCGUCACGUGCGGUAACUGGGACUUGAAAACCAUGCUGCCGAGCCAGUGCGACUUGGACGGCAUUGCCCUGCCGGAUCAGUUCAAGCAGUGGAUAGACCUGAAGCACACGUUCUGCGAAUCCACCGGGUAUUACCCGAAGAGCCUGAAGGACAUGCUCGCGCGACUGGACCUUCCGUUGAAGGGACGUCUCCACUCGGGGAUCGACGAUGUGAAUAACAUGGUUUCGAUAAUAGUGAAUUUAAAAGAGAAGUACAACGCGCAGUUUAAAAUCACCUCGUCGUUGGCAACUUCUGCGAUACACUUGAGUUACGGGCAGACUGGAGUAGCGAGGAAUGUGUCGAGGAAGAACACGUGAACGUGAUUUGCUAGAAACAGGUUUAAUGUUAAUAAAAUAUCUUUAUAAAAACUUCUCAAUUAUACAAUAAUUAAAAUAAAUAUUUUGAUUGUCGCA